CUGCAGGUUGUAUCCACUAGCGUGGAAAACGCUAUAAAUGAUAUGUUGGCUAUGAAUGAAAGUGAAAUCCAACUCGAAACUGCUAUCAACAACGAAAUGGAAUCACAACCCGAAACGACUCAACAUGAAAAUGAAAGUAGACAAUUUGAAAUUACAACACCAUCAAGGUUUGGACCUAAGUCUAAGUUUGAUGGAAACCAGGUAGUGAUGAAUGUUAUUUGGGCCCUGUUUGGGCAACAAAUAAUGCAAGGCUGUAUGCCUAAAAAUGAAGCUCGUAAAGUUUAUGCAAACCACAGGGAAUUACAGAUAUUCACCUUCCAACAAUUGUAUGACAAAAUGCGGAGGAUGUACCCUAAGUACAAAAGCAAAUAGACAAGGAAUGGCCAAGGGUCAUCAUCAAGGGUCAAAAUGUUUUAAAAGUGGUCUAAAGCUACGUUCACAUCAAGCCCGGAUUCCAAUCCGGAGAAAAAAUUGUGCAAAAUGGCUACAGUGGUAAAGAAUAGGAGCGUUCACAUCUACACGGUCUGAUUUUUUCUCCGUACUCCGGAUUCGGAGCAAUGGAUCAGAAAGUCAUUGAAAACGUGAAUCCGGACGGAUUUUCAUUUCUGACCAAUCAGCGAGAAGCGUGAAUGACCUCAAAGUUUUUUGCUCAAGAAAAAUAUCAGCUCGAAAGUCAGCGCGAGAAGAUGAGUGAGUGCCGUGGGAUUUGUUUUUGCUUUUUAAUUUUAUGCUGUAUUUUAGGCGUAACUUGCAUCACACUUUAAACAACAUAUUCACUAAAAGAUAAGUAAAUUUUAUAGUGUUGUUAUUAAAAAUAAAGUGAACGCAGCCUAGCAUUAUGCUAUGUUGGGAGUUAGGCUAGCAGCAAAGUAAGCUUGGGCAUUUUCUCCAGACAGACUGCAGACCCCACGGCACUAGGCCUAGGCCUAGUAAAUAAUGAAAUUUUAAAUAUUUUUCAAGCUCAGAAACAAGAUCAAAAUUAACUAAUAUUUGGACCACGGGUAUGUCUAUGUUUAUUUAUUGAACUGACCCAUUCGCAUCAUCAGCGCUUGCCAUUGUUGAGGUUGUUCCACUUGGUCGCUUUCUCGACCCCGAUUUUUAUUCCCUGCACGCGAUGUGAACGCAAAACCGGAACCGUAACUGGGCCCGAAUUCCUGUCCGGACUCCGAACCGGAAUCCGGGCUUGAUGUGAACGUAGCUUAAGGGCGAAUUGUCUAUUCAGAAAUGAUUAUAAAAUGUUCUUAUUUGAAGAUCAAUAAUUCUUACUAUUAUUAUUAUUAUUAUUUGAAUCGUUUUGUAAAAAAAAAUAAAUAAAUAAAAAAAAUGAAAAAAUAUAAAAAAGAAUUAAAUAAAUAAGUAAAUAAACAAAAAAGAAAUUGUAACAGAACAGUUUUAACCCAUGAGAAAGUAAGAAUCCUUGAACCAUGAGACAAAGCACAAUUAUACAGGAGUAAGAAAAGCACUUUUCAU